UGGCGAGCAUGAAAGAAGUAUCCACUUGAUACCACGUUCACUCUUCCAGCCAUACAUCCUGUCGGAUCCAUCAAACAUGGCCAACGGGAACAAAGGUGAUGGCUCAUCGUCAUCACCAACAAAUGAGGCGGAACCAUUCAUUGCACAAGUUGGUGACUUGGGCGGACCGACGAAUGCAGGCAAAAAAGCAUUAGCAGAAAAGACAAGACAAGCAAUCAAGAAUCAUAACGGAUUCGAGAAUAAUGGAUCAUCAAGUGAAUUAAACGUGGUGGCAGCGUAUAAAGCUCACUUUCGCGAAGAUCCUUUGGCUUUUUUACAACAAGUUUGGGCUUACGGUCAAGGUUCAGGAUGGCGUGGAUAUAAUAAUUAUAUCGGUGCUCCAAUCUUGUAUCCAGGUCAAUCAGAAGCAGCCAUUCGGGAUAUCUUGAAUAGCGAUCAAGUACGAUUGCGUGUCAGAGCACUUGCAGAGAGGAGAGUUGCACAUCUUAUCUCCACACUACCGCCAGCACAAGGAUCUCUCUCUGAAUCUGAACGUCAAAAAGAGCAAAACAAGAUCGAAUCCCUUAAACGGAGGAAACAACGAGAAAUCGAAGCUCAACUCAAUGAUGUCGCUCGUGGAAUGGCAGAAGUAAGCGUAGCCCGAUUGGAUUCGAUGGCUUUCAUCAAAGUGUUUGCAGCAACGAUUAACAAUGUCUUGGUCCGAAUGUAUCAUCAAGGUAUACAUAUCAGUGUCCCACAAGUGCUAGAACUUCGAAGAGUUGCCGCAUUUUGUGCAGAGAAAAAGUAUUCAAUUUUCUUCUUGCCUUGUCACAAGAGUCAUAUCGAUUAUUUGACAUUCUCAUGGCUCAUUUUCCGUUUGGGUCUUUCUUUGCCGCACAUCAUUGCUGGUGAAAAUCUUGAUUUACCCGUCGUUGGAAAUAUUCUUCGAGGAGGAGGCGCUUUCUUUAUUCGUAGAACAUUUUCUGGCGAUGAAUUAUACCCUGCCGUCAUCAAAGAAUAUAUCGAACAACUUCUAAGCAAAGGAAAGAAUUUGGAAUGUUUCAUUGAAGGAACACGAUCAAGAACGGGAAAGCUUUUACCACCUAAAUUGGGCAUUCUCAAAUACGUCGUUGACACUCUGGUCAACAAGAGAGUAGAGGAUGUCUACAUUUGCCCCGUCAGUAUACAGUAUGAUGACGUCGUUGAAGCCGAGACGUUCAUCAGUGAAUUGCUUGGUAAGCCAAAGGAAGCCGAGUCACUACUGGGUCUUUUGAGCGGAAGUGGGUCUCUACUUUCACUGCAAAUGGGUCGAAUCGAUGUCCGCUUCAAAACACCUUGGUCAUUACGUGGAUUCAUUGACGAACAGAUAAAAAGACGUGAAGCACCUUCUCCCAAAGAUGGAUCAAAGGUCGCAUUGGACCUCCAGAAUAACAAUCACCAUAAAGUGCUCCUCUUGCGGGCAUUGGGCUACCGUGUUUUAGCAGAUAUCAAUCAAGCGGGUGUUGUGAUGCCGGCAGCUUUGGUCGGAACGGUGAUGCUGACCUUGCGUGGUAGAGGUGUAGGCAAAAUGGAAUUGGUCAAACGAGUUGAAUGGUUACGAAGUGCGAUCGAAAAGCGUGGAUUCGGGGUUGCUGAUUUCGGACAAAUGAAAACUGUUGAUGUUGUUGAGCGUACGCUUGCGGUAAUGAAAGAUUUGGUUGAAGUUCAAACGGAUGUCAUGGAACCAACAUAUAUUCCUGAGAAACGAUUCGAGUUGAGCUUCUAUCGUAAUCAAGUCAUGCACAUCUUUGUAUCUGAAUGCCUGCUAUCCGCUUCCCUGUACAUCAAAAUCAAACAAGAUGGAGGAUCGAGUCAACAACUCAUGAGCAAGGAAACCCUAACGGAAGAAUGUGGAUAUAUCUCACACAUUCUACGCAACGAAUUCGUCUUUGGUACCGAUUCUCUACAGAACAAUGUUGACAAGAUAAUACGCGAGAUGGUUGCAGAUGAUGUAUUAAAGAUCAACGAUGACGGAAUGAUUGGAUUAUCACAAAAGCAAAGGGAUGUUGGAAGACGUGAUUUUGAUACUUAUCUGUUCAUGAUUUGGCCUUUCAUUGAAGGUUAUUGGUUAGCAGCAUGUUCUCUUCUUUUGCUUGCUCAACCGCCAAACGAAAAUCAAAGUAAGAAUAGCGAUAUUCAUUGGUUUGCAGCAAAAGCAUUCGAAAAGCAAGCUCAAUUGUUCGGUAAAACGAUGUACGCUCAAGGUGAAUUGAGUUACUUGGAAGCAGUUAGCGCUCAAACUUUAUCACAAGCAAUCGCUCGAUAUGAAGAACUUGGAAUUGUGAGGAGGAAGAAAUCAUCAGGCGCUAAACCGAUUCCAUUGAUCGCCUUAAGUCCAGAUUAUGCCCCUACCUAUGAUACAAACAAAGGAAGAGCUUCUCCUUCCGGUAAACUUUGGGAAUUCUUGGAACGUUUGAAUCAUUUCAGACGUGAAGGAAAAGACCGAAGAGACGCUGACGAUGUGGUGGGUGAAACUGUGAUGAGCGUAAUACAGCAGAAUUAUCCUAAUCCAGUAGAAAGCACUAGACAAGAGAACGCAGCGAACUUGUAGACGUAAACGGGAGAAUGAAUAAUAUUUGCUGAAAAAUAAAAGA